AGUGGCUGCGCAACCAUACAGCGAGAGAGAGAGAGAGAGAGAGAGAGAGAGAGAGAGAGCCAUGGCUGCCUUGUACUACCACUCGGCCGCCGGGAAGGCGAACCUUGAGGCGCUCGCCCCGUCCUCGCCAUCUCUAGGCCUGCGGCCAUCGCAGAGCAAGGUACAUCUCAUCAGCAGCAGCAGGUGGUGGAUGCGGAGGAGAAGAUGGGAGGGGAAGGCGAGCAGAAGCAUCAGCAGCAGGGCAAGAGCAGGAGCAAGGCCCGCCUUGUUCUCUCCUGUGGCCAUGGACUGGCAGGAGUGCACCACUGAGCUUGAAGUUGACGUUCCAUGUUCAGUGGCCUAUCAGUGUUACUCAGAGCGUGAGACCAUUCCUCAGUGGAUGCCAUUCAUCUCGUCUGUUAAGGUCCUUGAAGAUAAACCAGAUCUUUCACGCUGGACUUUGAAGUAUGAGGUACUUGGUCGGAAUGUAGAAUUUUCUUGGCUUGCUCGAAACAUGACGCCUAUUAAAAAUCAAAAGAUCCAUUGGCGAUCUCUUGAAGGUCUUCCUAAUAGAGGUGCUGUCCGAUUCUUCCCCAAAAGCUCUUCCUCGUGUAGAGUACAACUGACUGUGGCAUAUGAAGUCCCUGAAAUUUUGGCCCCGAUCGCAUCAGCAUUGAAACCGUUUCUGGAAAGCUUGCUUCUGAAAGGUUUGGAACGCUUUGCGACCUUCGCGAAAGAGCGUAACAGCAAGAUCCCUCAGCCUUGACAGCCAUUCUUCAUUUUCCUUGGAUCGGCACUUCAUUUUCAAGAAUUCCAGUUUCAUUCCAGUUUCAUUCCAGUGAAGCCAGAGGAUAACAAUUCACAGUUGAUGUAAAGAUUGCAUAAUGUCAUUCCAGAUGUGGCGAAAAUAAUGUACCUAAAAGGAAGGGAAUACAAGAGUGAAUACAAAUGUGGAGAAAUUUAAGCUCAA